CGAAAAUUCCAUGGCCUUCCCCGUUGGACAUCUCCCCUAAAUCUUCUCAAUUCACAUCUCUUCAAGCAGGGUUGUGACGUUUUCGGCAGCUCGUGUCUAGUUCAUCCCGUUGACAAAUUGCCUCCUGAGAGUCCGCGCUAACUCUGGACGGGUUUUCUCCCGUGUACAAGAAAUUCCCUUUGCUCACCUCGUCCAUCUUUGAAGGGUAUUUAACAAUUCAAGGAGUGAACAUCUAGCACCAAGACGAGGAAAGGAGGCUCAUGAGGUCAUUCAAAAGCUUUAAAGAAAGAUCGGACGAACAUGGUGUUCGAAAAGAACAGGAAAGGCUCGAGAAAGGCUUCGAUGUUCUUCUAAGCGGAGCCAACCAGGAUCGCAUCAAGAAUCAACAUCGGAGAAGAGAAAUUUUACGAGCAGCCUCUAUAAAGCUAAAAAAUGAGACGAGGUCCAGGGAAGGUUCCAGAGGGCGUAAGAACUGGAAGAAGGUUCCCGAAAUAAAAAUCAAAGCAAGUGAUGGAACCAAAGUUCCGGUGCCCAAUCCUCUUCCAGUGGUCGAGGAUGCCGUGGUGGCGAGGGAGACGAUUGCUGCUGCAGCAUCACCAACAUUUACGGAACAUUCUGACUACACGGUCAGCAGCGCAUCCAUCGAUGAGAAAGCAACCGAAAAUGCAGAAAUGCAGAUCGAGUCCUUCAAUGGAAAUUUGGGACAGUGGGACAUCGUGGAGAAGGCUGCUUGCAUCAAUUCUGUUCCGUCCUUGUGGAACGAAGAAACGAAAGUUCUGGUGAUGUGCCCCGGAUUAACCUUUGAGUCUCCUUUUCACGGGCCCUGCUCCUGGGAGCAUACACCGGGUCGGCACGAUGGCAGAAGCACAAGCAGUGAGCAUUCCGAAGCUCUCUGUUGGGCUCCGAGGGAUGAGAUGCGUCCAGAUAGUCAAGGGGAACUCGGCAUCGUUUAUGACGUCUUUUACCAGGACGAGGUUUUCGAGCCGUACGAAGCAUUUAUGGUGACCGAGGAUCUUCAGAACGGUGUACAGGAAGAGUCGGAUGAGAACGUGGAUCAGCCAGAUGACACUUUGAGCAGGUCAGCGACACCUCCACUCGAAAGGGUCGAGUCUCCUGAGUUCUCUUCACGAGUCACCUUGAAAUCCUUGCCGAGCAUGAGUACGUGCAAUAGCAAUGAGGAGUUUCUAUCGUUCUCUCGCAGAGAUUUGUCUGUACUUAGGCAGAGUUUGCGAGAGCUACAAGUAGGCAUAUUCCAAGAAAAUUUUGCUGGCUUGCAUGGUGGCACUUCUGAGGAGAUCCAGGAAGAUGUCAUUCCUGCCCGAGGACUGACUGAGGACGAAGAACAGGAUCUAGUGCCGAAGGUUCUGACUGCUAGAAGUUCACUCUGUCAAGAGAUGUUGACACAGCAGGAAAGGAAGGUGCGUCCUUUGUCUGCAGCACGUAUUGUUAGGCCAUUUUCGAGUAGUGUUGUGCUGGGACCUAAAUCCCAGCCAGUUGAUUUGAAAGAACGAUGCCCACAACUCUCUGCCGUUGCUGAGCUGCCCCGGGCAGAGUUGGAUGGAGCUCAAAUUCGCGAGAAUGAGAUAGGGGUAUCUGCGGAUGAUCAAGAGGCCUCAGUAUGCAAAAAGACCAAGCAGUUGCGACUGGAAACUCAAGAGGCAUCUGAGGGCACAAUAUUGGAACUGCUGAGUGCCAAGGUGCAGUUGCUGGAUGUUUCCCAGCAAAAGUACCUUCUGCGGGUUUUGGACAAACUUGAAAGGGCCAAAACGAGCGGUAGCCUCAAUCUUCCAUCCAUGUUUGCGUCUCUGGAGCGAUCUUGGAUGGGUUUACCUUUGACCUCUCCAGAAGUGGAAGGAGCUCCUAAAACACAUCUUAUUGUCCUUCGAAUCCUUUCAACCUGGGGAGACACCAAGUUCGUGGGGCUUGUCGAGGUGGAGCUUUUUUCUAUAGAGGGUACCAAGCUGGAGUUGCAAGCCUCUAAUAUAUCAUUGCAGGGUAGUAAUCCUUCAGAUCCUACCCCCUGUGAGACUAUCUCCAGAAUACUGAACGGGGUUGUCAAUACUACGCGUGAAAAAAACAUGUGGCUCUGCCCUCUACCACCUGCAGGCGAUCCUCCUCUUGAGAUUCACAUCCAGGUCCCUGGUCUGGACCUUAUUCCGGGACAUAUGCGAAUUUGGAACUAUAACAGAAGUAUAGGCGAGACAACCAAGGGUGUAAGGGAGAUGCAAGUAUAUGUUGAUAGAGAAUUAAUUUGGCAAGGCAUGGUAGGGAAAGGUUGUGGAAAUCGGGUUUUUGAUUACUCCAGUAGAAUACCAUUGCUGGAUGAAGCUCCUCUCUCAGCGACAACAUCGACCACAAAAGUUCAGAGCAGUUCUGCAUUUCAGGAAAAUCACUCCCUAUCAAGUGCCCCUGAAGAAGAAAACAAAGUUCCUGAUCAAGCAGUUUCUGACUGUGCUUUAUUUUCAGUUGGAACUUCUUUCACUUUCAGUCCUAUUGAAGGCUCGUCAUCACCCAGCUCAUGCGGCUCUUUGGUUUCAGCAUCUUCUCCCUUAGAGGGAUGCAGUGUGUUGACUGCCACAUCUGAAUUGAGCGGUCCAGACGGGGGAAUCGUACCAGUCGUUGAGGAAAGAGGUUGCCUAAGACUGGAUGGUGCAACCGACGAAUGCACCUUUGUGAACGGUGAUGCUUCUUCGUCUGUUUCUGAGCACGAAAGAGUGAAUCUGAGUGCAAGAAUUGCCGAAGGUGAUGUUAACCAUGAUACAACGGAGUCAAUGCGGGAUCACAAUGCAGAAAAAUUCAUGCCGAUCUGGCUUAAAGGAAGUCAAACAGAGGAAGAUGCAGGCGCACAUGAGUACGAAGAAGAGCACCAAGAGGUGGAUAAUAUGCAGCUAUAUUCAGAGAGGGCUCAGAGUAACCAUUCCGAUGAAGAGGAUGAGAUCUGCGAGGAUUCAUCUUACCAGGGUCUGCCUUUUGGACUUCGACAUCCAGCUUUCAGAAAUAUGGAGUACUUAGAGGCUCCUGUCGGCAGUGAUAGCUGGUUCCGUCAAGCGGUGAUUCAGGCAGGAGAAACUUAUGAGGAAAUGAUGCUCGGAUAUAAUCAACACGAGAGUGAAUUCUCAGCGUCGAAGGAAAAGAACAUAUGCGACUCGAGUAGUAGCAAGUCUAACUGUGAUGAGAGUAAAGACCAAGAAAAAUCUGAGUACUGCAAUUCCCCUCGCAAGCAAAGGCUAAUGCAUUCAGCAUUUUCUGGACUAAGGAAAGUAGUAAUCCGGCUAAGACUGGGCUUGAGAGUGGCUGGUAGGGACGAAACACCACCGGCGGAAAUCCUUACUGAGUCGGAUGACAUCAAUGGAGGUGAUGGUGUAAACCUCCUACCUCAAACUAGUGUAGGGAGGAUAAAUUUUUUACUUGGCUUGAGUUCCAAAAGAAUGCCAGGUCGACAAGAGGAAUGUGAACCUGAUACAAUGUACGGGGAUCCCAAUUUUGUCUCCUCAAGUAUAUUUGAAUCGGCCACUGACUGUGAAGUGAGAGAUUCUUGGGAUUCCCUCCUAAAAUUUAGAGCUGCGCAGAUGAGCGAUCAGCAAUUUUGCUCCUCAGCCAUAUUCUGCAAGCAGUUUGAAAAACCUGCGCAAUCAACUCGUUUUUUUUCUCCGGAUUCAAAUGAAUCUGAAUUUGCUCCUAUCUUUUCUCAACCUCCUGUCAGUGAUAUGAUUUUUCAAACAAAGAAACAGCUUGAAAGUUUAAGAUCCAGUUUGUGUGAAGCGGUCAUGCCUUCUAGUGAAAGUGAUGGCCGGAAUGGACAAAAUGAAAGCAAGUUCUGGUCAGAUGCUGGCCAGGAUCUGAAUAUCAAUCAGGGAACAAAUUCUCUGGUUCCAGAUUUCCAGACAGACUCGUUUAAAAUUCCCACUCUUCCCCGUGGUCGAGAAUUGAUCGUGAAUAUUGUUUCGACAUGGGGAGACCCACAUUACGUCGGAUUGGUUGGGAUUGAGAUGUUUGAUGACAGAGGGCAUUUGAUUCAGAUCAAAGAUCCAUCGAGACAGAUCCAAGCAGACCCUCCAGACAUCAACGUCCUUCCCGGAUACAAGAAUGAUCCUCGAACGGUCGAUAAGUUGGUGGACAACGUAAAUUUGACCUGUGAUGAUUAUCAUGUCUGGCUCACUCCUUUUACUCCUGGAAGGCCUCAUUUGAUCAAAAUAAAUUUUGAUUCUACCUUGACUUUAUCCGUGCUCCGCUUUUGGAAUUAUAACAAGUCCAGAAUACAUUCCUUUCGUGGGGCUAGGCUUGUGGAGGUUUCUCUGGAUCAGAGGCUUAUAUUUGUGGGUGAGCUGAGAAAGGCAUCUGGCCUACUCGCAGAUGCUGCACAGCACGCGGAACCCAUAUUGUUCACUAAUAAUGAGGCAAUACUGGAGGCUGUUGAGCGCUACGAUAUGCGGUAUCACAAAGAGACAGAGUCAGUUCUUGCUCAUGAAACUGCCAUGAAGCCUUUGCAGCGUCCAGAUACUGCUGGAAUGAAUACAGCGGCUUUUUCAUCAAAAUUAAAUUUGGAGAACAUCAGUCUCGCUACGAUUAGUCUGGAGGGCGGAGAUCGGCCUGCUACACAUGCUAUAAGGUUCAGAUCAAGUGUUCCAGGGAAUGUGCUGCCCUUGGUGAAUCCUGAAAGAGUCGAGCCCCACAGUGAACAUAUGAGGCUUCAACACUUUUCAGUUUACCAAGAGAGAUGUCCAGUUGGUCGGGUAUUGACGCUGAAUCUGCUGGACACAUGGGGUGAUCCUCACUAUGCCGGACUCACAUCGAUUGAGGUGAUCGAUCCAGAUGGUGUUCCUUACUCAAUCUCAAAGGACGCCCUCACUGCAAAGCCCAGAGACCUCAAUGACAUUCCGGGAUGCAGAGGAGAUCAUCGUACACUUGACAAGCUUGUGGACGGCUGUUGCGUCUCUACGAACGAUCAUCACAUGUGGCUUAUACCGUUUGAGGGCGCUAAAAGUGAACAUUGGCUGAGGAUUGACCUUGGAGUGUCCUUACCAGUCGCUGCUCUGAAAAUUUGGAACUACAACAAAAACCUCGAUGACACCUGCCGUGGAGUGAAGUGGCUCCAAGUGCACUUGGAUGAUUUGGAAGUUUCACCUCCCGGAGGUCACCUUGUUCGCAAGGCGCCGGGCACAGACAAGUUUGACUUUGGACAUGUUUUGCCCUUGUUAAGAGCGAAGCACAACAAACGUGAUUUCAGUCAACUAGAGAAGGUGAAGUUCAGGGAAAAGGCGAAGCAAAAAAGAAGUCAUGUGGAAUUUCUACGCCAGGAGUAUGAAACCCCUCUCCUCCCCUGUGGGUUUGUGGUCAAGUUGACACUCCUUUCCACUUGGGGAGAUCAACAUUAUAUGGGUCUCAACGGGGUGGAGCUCUAUGAUGAAGCGGGGCGGAUUCUACCACUCUCCAUAUAUAAUGUCCAUGCAUCUCCAAGUAGCAUUAAUGAGUUGCAUGGAGUUUCUGAUCUUCGCACUCUCGAUAAGUUGCUGGAUGGAGUUAAUAACACUUGGGAUGAUCAACACAUGUGGCUAACACCGUACGAUCCUGGGAAGAUCAACUACAUCUAUUUUGUUUUCGAGCAACCGUGCAUGAUGUCGGUAAUGCGAAUCUGGAACUACAGUAAAACUCCCACCAGGGGUGUUUAUGAGUUUGAAUUGCAUGUUGAUGAUCUGCUGGUAUACAAAGGCUGUUUACGGCAAGCCCCACCUUUGAGCACAUUUAGCAGUACUGGUGCUGUAGAUUUUUCUCAGUCAAUUAUCUUCACAAGUGACGAGACCUUGAUCCGAACUCAUAAGGAGCACACCUACUUUAGAGGGGAUAUUGAACAUACUGACGUGGUUUUGAUAAAUGACAAGCACAUUGAAAGUUCUGCAAAACCCUGCGUUUACAGCGCGUUUGAGAGUCGACAACGACCCGCAACAGGGUUAAGUGGACUGCGGAGGCCAUAUUAAAAUGCAAGAUGUGCAUGGCGUUUUGUACCACCAUGCACAUGAGUGAAUUACGAUGAGGUUGAGAAUGCACUAGGAAUCCCCUACACAUCACCAAUCCACAACGUGUUGGCCUGCAAUUUUGUAGCCCUCAACUUUAGUGCAUUUCUUGUAAAUAAUCCACUAUUUUUUCCUUCCGAAACCCUCUACUAUCGUAAUUAUGUAGGUUCAAAUGCUCAAGAUACAGAGCAAGGCUGAAUGUAAGGCUUUCUUGCGGAUAUGAAAUCAUAUCUGUCGUGAGUAAUCAAUUCCGGGCAGAAGAGUCGGCCAUUGACACACUAGUUUUAUGACAAAAGGUCACAUAGGAAGUACGUACAGAUAAGCCGACCAUCCGUUUUGUACCAGGAAAUAAUCACAGGCUAAUUCACCAGAUGCAUGAAGCCUUUUGAUAGUGAAACGAGAAGAGGAAAAUCAGAGCAAUUUGAUCAUUGGGCUGCAGUAUAUUUCGCUGCCCUCACAACUACGUUUGUGAAGAUUGCUGUGGCCAAAGGAGUAUCCUUACGUGUCAGAAAGUGUCCAAGCACCUGAGGCAGGAUGUCACAACCAAUACUUCCAUUUACCCGCAUGGCUUUACCUCGUGAGGGGCGGUUGAAGUACUGCAAGGGUCUGAAAUGGACGUGGGCGUAUGUGUGGAAGGAACCUCAGAGGGUAUGGUGCGACAACUACUCUCAGCACUUGUCUGAAGUACACACACAUCCUGCGCCAUAAGUCGCCAUGGGAGCAUGAGCCCGGGUUUCAGAACUGCGAGGGGCUGAGAAGAACCUGACCUUCUCUGCUGGACAAAUGUUUAGAGAAUAACGCACACAGCCUCCACGAGGAGUUGACAAGCCAGAGACAUCACAAAUCGAAGUAUCUUUCGAUUACACUGGACUGAACCUUGACCGUAUGAAAGUAACUACC